GGUGAACCGGUGGGUGGGUUAGAGCCAUAGGUUAGAGCCCGGCGGAUAAAUGGGAGUGGCGGCGGCGGCUCUGUUAACACUGCUGGCAGCCAGUGAGCGGAAGAUUUGUAAUCUCUGUCACAGAGCUGCCGUGCCAUUGGUUUCUACCGGGAAGCUGCCGCCAGAGAGCCGUAGAGUUAGUGAGGCGACAAACUGGGGAUGGUCCCGGGCUGAGUCUCCAACAUGAGCCGGGCUCAGAGACGCCUGCUCCACACUGCUUGACUCAAAAGCCGCCUGAACUCACCCUGGCUCUACUUGGUUGCAUUUUUUUUUCUUCCCCCCUUCACAUUUUGGUCGCCGAGACGAGUCGUGAAGGACGAAUGACACCGGCUCACCUCAUGAUUUCUUCCUGCUGAAAGCUCCUGCGAGGCACAACAGUUUUCUUCAUGGCGUCUCCACAACAGUCAAGAAUUCAGUCGUAUCUGGAAAAUAAUAAAAUUGGACCUUUGUUUGAGGAGUUGAUGACCAAAUUGAUAACUGAGACUCCAGACCAUCCAAUCCCUUUUCUCAUUGAUCACCUGCAGACCAAGCAAGACAGCCCAGGCAAGCUGCACAGAGCUCUGUCAGGCUCCGCAGCACUGUGGGCGCAGAGCUCCCCAGAAAGCAAAAACACUCGCAGGGAGCACAGCAACUAUGAGAAGCCAUGGCAAAUUCACCCGAAGAAACCAAAAAAAUCCAAGAGUGACCUGGCUAUGUCAAGUAUCUCUCCUCCUUCACCUGAAUCCAAGUCCUUGCCACGAUCUAUCGAGUGCCCGUCCUGGGACUGGAGGGAGAGCCGGGACUUCGACGAGCUAAACCACAUCCUGCGGGAGAGCAAGAAGCUGGGCAAGGCCCUGGAGAGUCUGUCCCGCAGCAUCGCCAUCUCUGAUGAGCUCGAUCAGAACUUGGGAGGCUUUAACUCAGUGAUGCGCCCGCGGGUGGUGGGAGAAUGGGUGGGUCGGGAAGAGGAGGACGCGGACCCGCUAGCUGCUGAAAUGCUGCACCCUCCUGUCCCUCGAGCUAAAACAGAAGUGUGCUGGAGUGGAGACAGCAGCCCUGCUGGGAGCCUGAAAAUGGAAACAAAGAGCAAAGGGCUCAGGGAGCAGCAGCAGCAUCACAAGAAGCUCCUGGCAGCCAUGUUGUCCCAGGACUCCUUCGAUUCGGUCCACAGCCCUGCACCCUCAAUCGCAGAGGAAGACAUGGAGGACGAGGAUGACGCCAUGGAGCUUCUGGAGGACCUGGAUGACCUGCGGAUGGAGGGUGUGACGGGCUUGGCUCCAUCCGGCAGCAAGUUCAGCCAGGGACGCAGCUCCUACCAGCCUGAACCACAGGCCAAAGUUACACUCAACAUCUGCUCCAGGUGUGCCAGGUUGCAGGGCGAUAGUCUAUCAGACGGCAGACCUGAAGACGAGCACAGAACCCACAUAUCUGAACAAGCUGUACCUGACAUCUCUUCUCCAUUGCCCGGGAUGGACACGGUGGCAGGACGGCUGCAGGAAUGCGAGGCCUUGUCUCAAGUGUCAUCCUCUCGUCAGGCUGUCUGGGAGGCUGAUCUGAAGGCUGUGCGAGGUGGGAGCUCUGUUGGGCAGACGAGCCUGCUACUGGGCGACUCCCUCUUUUCUAAAGAGCUGGAGAACAUGGGCAAACAGCUCGCUGAGGUUGAAAAGGACUUGGCCAAGCUGGCAGAAGUUGGGAAGAUGACCACUCGGAGCACCAAUAAUUCGCACAGCAGCCUGCUCCACUCACCGCUACGCCACAGAACACUACCCGACACACUUCCUCUCCCCAGCCUGCUGUCUAGACCUCAGUCUCCUGCCGGGAGCCUCUCAGGCAAACCCUUCGGUGUGGGCCUCCCUUUGCUCAGCCCCAAGUCAACCUCCCUGGUCAUGGGUCGGUCUCAAUCUCCCAGCAACCCCAGUAGCCGGACUCAAACCCCCAGAACGCCCAGCAGGCCACUGACUCCAAAUAGUUUACUGACACGCUCCACCUUUAACCCUGGAUCUCAUAAAGAGGUGACCUUCAGGAGGUCCCGGAGCCGCCCGGUGACACCCACAUGUCAGCCCGUGCUUCCCCGCCCGCUGCUCACCCCUCCUGGACUGAGCACUACUGACACCCUUGGUGCUAGCCUACGGGCCUAUUUGUCUGAGGAUGAGUUUUACCAGCAGUUACAGGCCAUCAGACAGCCUUGGCAUAUUCCCAGUGACACAGACAGUGACAUCCUGGAGCCUCCUGAACAGGAUAAGAGUGGUGCUCGAGAUGCCAAUAAAAGAUCUGUGUUUUCAGGUCUAUAGUGAUGAAGACCAGAGACAUCGAUCCAAUCAAACUAUUAUGCAAACCACUGGACAUUUUUGGAUAUAUGUGUACAGAGACAAUUAUUUUUAUACUUCAUAUGAAUGAAAAGAAAAAGAUUGUAUACUUUUUCACAGAUGUUUCAUAAGACAUUCUACUGUAACUCUAUCACAAAGUAUAAAACAUUAAUACUUCAGAGUAUGAAAUAUAACAUUUAUUUUUGUUUGCUCUAUAGCAUGCUAUUGUACUUCCAUGUGGAGUCAACAAACAGAUGCAUUUUGUUGUUGACAGACUCUUUUCAAGGUCUAGUGCAUAUUCACAUUAAGAGAGCAUUUAUUGAUAUGCACCAGUAAAAAUGUGUUUUUAAAAUAGCAAAUAAGCAAGUUGUGCAGGGGAAACAAGGAAUGUGUUCAAUCAAUUAAAAAUAAGUUAAUGCCAAUGUCCUGAUUAAUUUUUUGUCACUAAUGUUUCUUGACUAAUAUGCUUCCUUUUUUGUGUUCCUCAAGAAUGUUUAAUUGCAAACAUAACACUCCUAAGUACUUAUUUAAAUGACUGAACACAAUAACCAUGAA